UGCAACCUUCGCUUACUUUGAUCGCAGUCUGAGGUUAGUCGUCAACACGCGUGCUACAAGAAGCGAUGGAUCCACAAGAAUUUCUGUUGGCCAAAAACGAUUUCGAUCUGGAAAACUUCCGGAUCCGGUUGAUCGAGUGCAUUUGCGAGUUGCAAUCUCGUCGGAAUGAGGUUACGAUGCUCAAAUUAAAUCUAGACGAAUCGACCCGAACAAAGACCUCGCUGCAGGAUGAUUUGAAAACCUUCGAGCGGGAGAACGCCGACCUGCGGGAUCAGCUGAAGAUCACGCUGGACGCGUUGAACCAGAAAGAUUCCAUCAAAACGGGCUUUCUGGAGAACGCCGCCCGGCAGAACGUCCAGCUGGAGGCGAUGACCAAUGAACACGAGCGGUUGAACGCCAAGCUGCAAGCGUCCCAGGUGAAGAUCAUGGAGUUGACACGGGACAAUAAUAAACUGCAGGAUCAGCUGAAGGUGCAGAAGACGGCGCGGAAUCAACCGGCGGCGACGGAAGGUGCCGAUAGGAUUUGGAAGGCGAUGGACACACUGAAUGGUCAUUUGCAGAAACUGGAAGAGGAGCACAAGGUUCUGAAGCAAACGGCGGACUCGUCGACUAAAAUUGCCGAAGAGGCGGUGCUCUCUGUUGCCAACAGUAAGGCCGCACUGGAGCAAGUUCAGGCGGAAAAUGGUUCGAUGAAAAAGCAAAUUCUGAACCUGAAAUCAAAGAUACUUUCAUUGAAAUCAAUCAGCGAAAUUGAGGACACGUGCGGCCAAAACUCUUAUUCAAAGUUCGAAGAUCAAAUGAAAAUCUUGACGGAUCAGCUCGACUGCGAACGAGAAACCAACAACAAGUUGAGGAACGAUAUCGCCGCCCUGUUGCUGCUGCAGGAGAGUCUCGCCAAGUCCGGAUCUACGAUCGAGAUUGGUGAAGCUGAUCAAACCUCACAGAAGCCCACGAUGAUCGAUGAAGGAGCUGGAGAGGAAGCGAAACCGAUGGAUGUCAACUGAAUUAAAUCAAAGAUAGGUGUGAGCAAGGUUUGUUGCAAAUAAAUUUUAUUCUUCAUCUUCGGAUUAAUAGUACAAAUUUGGUCGAAGCGGCUUACGGGGGAGUACGCACUCCGUUCAACG